AUGGCAAGAGCACUAAUACGACAUAUUUUCAAACGAAGACCUUACUCCACUACUAUAUCUUUCACACCAAAUGAUAAUCGGCACGUUUUUGAAUCGGAAAAAUUAACGACGGAAGAAAACUGGGCAGCAAUACCAAAUAAACCAAGUUUCACCAAUAUUGAAAAAGUGCAUCAUGAAAUUAUAAAUCCCGAAGAAGUAGCAGAUUUGGUGACGAAACUAAACACUAAUGAUAUUUUAGUAACUAUUCUAUCUCAGAAUAAAGUUUUAUAUGGUGACCCUAAUUACAUCAUCAAGAGCUUAACUGGAAAUAACGAUAAACCAACUAUUUUCCCGUUUUCAAGUAUACUAUCUAGCUGGAAGAAGACUUACAAUAAGCAAAUUAAACCAUUGAUUGAUUUGGAAGAAAAAAACUACAAUUCGGUUGAUAAUAAAUUGAUCAGAUCAAUAAGGUCUAAAUCAUUUGAAGAAUAUUUUGAACAGAGUCGAGCUAUGAGAAAUUCCAAAUUAAUUUCUAGUGGGAUUCUCCACUUUUCAGAAUUAAACCUGCUUUAUACCAUUGAGUCCGCUACAAGUGAUACCCUCGAUAGUAUCGACAGUACCUCUUCUUUUGAAAAGUUUUUGAAAUUUAUAACUCCACAUUUAAACCAAUUUAGGACAGAUGGAUUGAAGGAUUUACUUAGCAAAAUAUCUCAUAUCAACAAACGAUAUCCAACCAACGGUGUCGCCAUUCAAGAUAUUGUACUGACUAUCAACGCCUCAAAUCCAAGUUUACUCAAAAGUUUAGAUAAUCACACAAAAGACAAUUUGGCUUAUGUUUUAAGCUCUACAAAUCCUGAUCUUUCCAAAGAUUUACUAAAAUCAUUGAUAGAGCUGGGUAUCUGUCCAUCCAAAGAAAGUAUACACAAAUAUAUUGAAAAUUACAAAUUGGGAGAUCAAGACCAAGCUUUGCGAGAUCUUGCUUUUUUAAAACCUACGUUUUUUCAUCGUCCAUUGAGUGAGGAACAAUUUGAAGUAGUGUUAGCAACUAUCACAAACAAGUGGGAUAUGAUCAAAUUUAUUACUUUACUCAAAAAUUCACCUUCUAUUUUGAAAGACAAACAAUUAAAAAUUUAUAAAAAACUAAUGGAAUUUUCACCUACAAAGUUACUUGCGGCUCAGCUAUUAAGAUUACUUCAUGAUCGGAAUGUAACAAUAGACCCAGAGGUAUUAAGAUGUAUAGAAAAAGAUUUCAAAUAG